GUCAUACGUGUCAUUGCAGACGUGUCCACGCUCCAUUCUCUUUCAUGCCUUCCCCCUUUUAAACCCCCCACCUGGCCACCAUUUCCUUCACUUUUACUCGCAAAAUAAAGAAGAAAACAACUUCAACGUCUCUCUCUUUUUCUCACUCUUUCUCUCUAACAAAAACUCUUUCUUUCUAGCUUUAUUUGCCCAAUCACUCCAAACCCAGAUCAAUUUUCCUCUGUAUGAUCUCAUUGUUUCACCAAAAAAAUGGCAGAGAAUUGCACUAGAAAGCUUAUAGUUGAAAUCUGCAAUGCCAAAAACCUGAUGCCAAAAGAUGGGCAAGGAACGGCCAGUGCUUAUGCCAUAGUUGAUUUUGAUGGUCAGAGAAGAAGAACCAAGACAAAGUUAAGAGAUCUAAAUCCAGUCUGGGAUGAGAAGCUGGAGUUUCUGGUUCAUGAGAUAGAGUCAAUGGCUACCGAGAUAUUGGAGAUUAAUCUGUAUAAUGACAAGAAAACAGGAAAAAGAAGCACUUUUUUGGGGAAAGUGAAGUUGGCUGGCAGUGUCUUUGUGAAAGCUGGAGAUGAGAGUCUCGUUUAUUACCCGCUGGAGAAAAGGAGUGUUUUUUCCCAGAUUAAAGGGGAGAUUGGAGUUAAAGUGUUUUAUGUUGAUGAAGAGACGCCUCCGGUAGCGGCUGAGGCUGCGGCGGAGGAGAAAGCAGGGGCAGCAGGGGAGAAGCCACUGGAGAAUCCAAAGCCAGAGGAGGAUAAGAAGGAGGAAAAAGUGGAGGAAAAGAAAGAAGAAGAGGAAAAGCCUAAAGAAGAAUCACCCAAAGAAGAAGAGAAGCCAAAUCCACCGCCGGCAGAGAAUAGUAACCCUCAAGACGCCGCCCCAGCUGCUACUCCAGCGACAACUGCGCCUUCGGCAGAGGUAGAGAAUCCACCACUAGCACAUAAAGAGCCAAUAAAGGCAGCAAAAGACAAGGCUGAAACAGGAAAAAGCACUGAACUUGUCAUCAACGAGCUAGAACUCCGAUCCCUCUCCGGUGACCGUAGCCACGCAUACGAUCUCGUAGACCGGAUGCCGUUUUUAUACGUCCGAGUUGUUAAAGCAAAACGAGCCAACAAAGAGCCAGCUUGUCCCGCUUAUGCCAAGCUAGUUAUUGGUACUCACAGUAUCAAAACAAAAAGCCAAAUUGAUAAAGAUUGGGACCAAGUUUUCUCUUUCGACAAAGAUGGGUUGAAUUCAAGUUCCUUAGAAGUUUCAGUUUGGACUGAAGAAGAGAAAAAAGAAGAAGAAAAAGAAGGAGCUACUUCUUUGGUGGAGAAUUGUUUAGGAACGGUGUCGUUUGAUCUACAAGAAGUGCCAAAAAGGGUUCCUCCGGACAGUCCUUUAGCUCCACAAUGGUAUAGUCUUGAAUCCGAGAAGUCGCCUGGAAAUGAUGUCAUGGUUGCUGUUUGGGUCGGGACACAAGCUGAUGAAGCUUUCCAGGAAGCUUGGCAGUCGGAUUCGGGUGGGUUAAUACCCGAGACCCGAGCUAAGGUUUACUUGUCUCCAAUGGGGGAGAUUGAGAUAGCCGUUAGAUUUUCUUGCUCGUCAUGGCUAAGUCUAAUCCAAGCUUAUGGCAGCCCACUGUUACCAAGAAUGCACUAUAUUCGACCAUUGGGUCCAGCCCAGCAAGACAUACUGCGCCAUACCGCUAUGCGCAUAGUGACGGCUAGGCUAGCCAGGUCCGAGCCGCCUUUGGGACAAGAAGUGGUUCAGUUCAUGCUGGACAGUGAUACACACGUGUGGAGCAUGAGGAGAAGCAAGGCAAACUGGUUUCGAGUUGUGGGGUGUUUGUCGCAUGCGGCAACUCUGGCACGCUGGUUGGAUGGGAUUCGCACGUGGGCGCACCCUCCAACGACUGUUUUGCUGCACGUGCUGCUUUUGGCGGUGGUGCUAUGUCCGCAUCUAGUGCUCCCCACAGUAUUCAUGUACGCCUUCUUGAUCCUAGCAUUGAGAUUUCGCUAUCGCCUACGGGUCCCAAACAACAUGGACCCUAGACUCUCCUACGUGGACGCCGUGGGUCCCGAUGAGCUAGACGAAGAAUUUGAUGGAUUACCAACCACCCGAUCGCCGGAUACCAUACGUAUACGGUACGAUCGUCUACGAGCACUAGCGGGCCGGGCUCAAACUCUAUUGGGUGACGUGGCAGCCCAAGGGGAGCGUUUGGAGGCCUUGUUCAAUUGGAGGGACCCAAGAGCAACAGGCAUGUUCGUGGUGUUCUGCCUCUUUGCGUCAUUGCUGUUUUAUGUGGUACCAUUCAAGGUCUUUGUGUUAGGGUCAGGAUUCUACUACAUCCGCCACCCAAGGUUCAGAGAUGACAUGCCAUCGGUUCCGCUCAACUUCUUCCGGCGACUACCGUCGCUUUCCGAUCAAAUCAUGUAGAAUCCCGGACGGUGGGGAUGCACUUUCUUGGUGAAUGGUUGGUUUCUAGUCUAGUUAGCAUAAUAUUGUUUUAUUUGUUUAGUUCUUUGAUUACGUAUAAAAUGGAAUGAUGAAUGGUUUUCUUUUUUUAUUA